AUGUCGACGACGAUAAUGAGGAGUACCGAAGACGAGGAGGACGAGCCGGAAGACCUUGGGAUGUCGGACGACGACGACGGCGACGAUGACGACGCCGACGACGACGCGGAGGAGGAAGCGCAACCUGUGGCACAGCCGCCGAAACGGAGCGCCGCACGCGCUUCUGGGACGGAAAAAGGCAAAGGCAAGGCGGUUGCACCACCGCCACGCCAGGAGUUCCGGAAGAAGCGGUCAGCUGCACCAGUCGAGAGGGGCUUAUGGUCGGACAAGGACAGCACUAUCUUCGCCGCGGCGCGUUGGUUCACCAAAGACGAGCUCGAGCCUCUCAAGGGGAAGCAGGGGACGCAAUACUGGGUCCGCCUUCUCACGCACAUCAAGGAGUCGAACCCUGGUUGGUGCAGGAAUAUCAACGCGUUGCAAAAGCAGUGGCGCAACUUGGUGCUGCUUUGGCGGGAGUACAAGCGUGGUGAUGGUGGUUCGGGCAACGGUUCUGUGGAGAAACCACCAUGGUGGCCGUAUCUGGAGCUGUACAACAAGGACACCGCCGCAGCCGCACCGCAUGCGGUGGACAGCGGCGGCGCCACUAACGUCAACGUGCCGGCCGGCAUGGAGGUCCCAAGUUCCUCUCAGCCUGAGACGUCGACACCGACCUUUACAGCACCGCCGCCGCAGACCACUGCAACACCCAAGCGCGCGCGGGUUCAUGAGACGGCUACUAUGCAAGCCGCCAAGCUUGUCUCCGCGACCAUCAAAGAUUGUCACGGUGACGCGAUGACGCGCAUUGAGGGUCUCGUCCGUGAAUGGAUGGCGCAGGACAUGCGCCUUGCCCGCGAGCGCAUGACUGAAUCAGCCCCACCGGAUGUGCACCGUGCGCCGACGGAUUUCAGCCCUCCUCCGCCACGCGGGGAGUCCGCGCCACCUCCCGAAGCCGCCCAGCAGCGCGACGAUGUUGGCGAUGUCAACACCGUCACUCCGGGUGAUGACGAUGUGGAGAUAUGGGUGCGCGGCGCCGACGAUUAG